AUGGAUUCCAAGCUUCAGCAACAAGCCCAACAAUCGCAACUAUACCAACCCUACAUCAUGGCGCCAACUCCUCAACAGUUACUGCAUAUGCAACAUUCAAAUUCUCAAAGCUCCAUUGCUAGCCCGGCAAGCAAUUAUCACACUUCGCAUGCACCGCAACAGCAGCAACAACAAUCAAACCUCUCCUACACUGUCCCACACCAGCCAAUGCCUCAACCCCCUCCACACCACCAAUUCACCGCCACUGAACACUCGUUUCUCGAUCUGCUAAUGAACGAGCGCGAACAAGCCAUUAAAAAGAAAGCUCCAUAUCAUACCUGGGAUGGCUACGUCGACCAAUUUCAGUUCGAGUUUCACUGGGGUCCAGAUGUGAAGAUGAUUGAAGCUUGGAAUGCAGAGUGGGAGGCCAAUUUGGGGUUUUGGUGGGGACUACAUCCGGAAAAGCAGCUUGAUAUAAUACUUCCGAGACGAAGAUGUGAAACUGGGCAGAGGCAGUGGAGAUGA